AUGCCGCAUGGCCAUUUUGGUGGCCGUUUGGGCUCUUUGGGGCCCUCGUCCCCGGGGCUGGCUGCACCUUGGCGGGACAACCCUCGUGCGGGAGCGGCGGGGAAGCGCGAGGCUCGUUCCAGCCGCGGUGGAGCGGCGGGGACAGUCACCACGUGCGUGAGGAAGCGCCGCACCGCGUCACCAGUAAGAUCAGUUGUGAAACCAGCAUAUGCUUCUUGGCAUUUCCUUUUGAACUUACCGCUGCCAUCACUCUUACCUUGUCCAUUUCCCCCUCCUUUUUUUUUUUCAUUUUUCCGUAUUGUCUCCGCAAGAAAGAGUGAGUAUGACCUUCUGGUAAUUGGUGGAGGGUCUGGAGGCCUUGCUUGUGCAAAAGAAGCUGCUCAGUUUGGAAGGAAAGUGGCUGUUUUGGAUUAUGUGGAACCUUCUCCGCAAGGAACCCAAUGGGGACUUGGUGGAACCUGUGUGAAUGUUGGCUGUAUUCCUAAAAAGCUUAUGCAUCAAGCAGCCCUUUUAGGAAGUGCCCUUAAAGAUGCCCAACACUAUGGCUGGAAUAUAUCCCAACCUGUUCAGCAUACCUGGUCUGUGAUGGCGCAAGCUGUUCAGAAUUAUGUGAAGUCCUUGAACUGGGGCCACAGAGUACAACUACAAGACAAGAAGGUGAAAUAUUUCAACAUCAAGGGGAGUUUUUCAGAUCCACAUACAAUCCGUGGCUUAACAAAAGCGGGUAAAGAGAUUGUUAUUACUGCAGAGAAAAUUGUCAUUGCUACUGGAGGAAGACCAAAAUAUCCUACGCAUAUUGCAGGUGCACUGGAAUAUGGAAUCACAAGUGAUGAUCUGUUUUGGCUAAAAGAAUCUCCUGGGAAAACGUUGGUUGUUGGAGCCAGUUAUGUUUCACUUGAGUGUGCUGGUUUUCUAACGGGCAUUGGAUUAGAUACCACAGUCAUGAUAAGAAGUAUUCCACUUCGUGGGUUUGAUCAGCAAAUGUCUUCUUUAGUAGCCGAGCACAUGGAAUCUUAUGGCACAAAAUUUUUAAAGAAAUGUAUCCCAACUAAAGUGGAAAAACUGGAGAGCAACAAAUUACAAGUCACCUGGAAAAAUACUGACUUGGGCACAGAAGAAUCAGAUUCCUUUGACACAGUGAUGUGGGCAGUAGGCCGAGUCCCUGAUACGAAAACUCUCAAUUUGGAAACAGUUGGCGUGAAAACUAAUCCUGAAACUGGAAAGAUCAUUGUUGAUGCCAGCGAAGCUACUUCUGUUCCUCACAUUUAUGCAAUUGGGGACAUAACAGAGGGCCGCCCUGAACUGACACCCACAGCAAUAGCUGCAGGAAAACUGCUGGCUCGGCGUCUUUUUGGCCAGGCUUCAGAAUUGAUGGACUAUGACAAUGUACCUACUACAGUUUUCACUCCCUUGGAAUAUGGUUGUGUUGGACUUUCAGAAGAAAAGGCUGUGCAAUGUUAUGGAUCAGACAAUAUUGAGGUAUUCCACGCAUAUUAUAAACCUUUAGAGUUUACAGUGGCUGAAAGAGAUGCAACUCAAUGCUAUAUAAAGAUGGUGUGCUUACGAGAGAGAGAGCAGCGAAUCCUCGGCCUUCAUUUCAUUGGACCAAAUGCAGGUGAAGUUAUUCAAGGAUUUGCUCUUGGAAUCAAAUGUGGUGCUACCUAUCGUCAACUAAUGAAGACAAUUGGCAUUCACCCUACCUGUGCUGAAGAAAUUACCAAGUUACAUAUUACAAAGCGUUCUGGCUUGGAUGCAACAGUCACAGGUUGCUGAGGUUAAACACCAUCCCUGGAAAGAAGGAAAAAGAGUACAAAACAGGAAAGAAAAGGGGCAUUUUGACUUGAAACUAUUUUAAUG